AUGAACCUGGACCGAGUCUCCAAUGAGGAGAAACUGGAGUGUGCGGAAACACUUCCGGGGGGGUUCCUGCUGCUGCCCUUCCUGUGGGUGAUGAACGUGGUUUGGUUCUUCUGAGAGGCCUUUUGGGCCCCCCCCCAUUCGGAACAGCAACAGAUCAAACACUACGUGGUGCGUUCUGCACUGGGAGCGGGGCUCUGGGGGUUCUCCCUGGGGUCUGGAUUGGGCUCUUCCAGACUCGCCGCGGCUAAGGGUCAGCAUCGCAACAGCACUAACAGCUUUGUUGGUGACAUGGGCAGUGAGACUGAGUGCACUGUCAGCCAGUCUGCUGACAAGACCAAGCUGUGUGGUGCAGUCAACACACUGGAUGGAGGGGAUACCAUCCAGAAGGACCUUCGCAGGCUUCAGAGAUGA